AUGGCAUCGCAAACAUCCAGUUCUGUACGCCGUUUCAAGCUCGCAAUCCCCCAGUCUGCUCUGGAUGAUUUGCAAACACGUCUCCGAUUAACCCGCUGGCCAGAUAAAGAGACUGUAAGCGACUGGUCUCAGGGCGUCCCUCUCGCCACAAUCCAAAACCUCUGUGAAUACUGGCAAAAGGAUUACGAUUGGCGAAAAUGCGAAAAGCUUCUCAAUUCAUAUCCUCAGUUCACCACGACUAUUGAUGGAGUGGAGAUCUACUUCUUGCAUAUUCGGUCAAAGCACAGGGAUGUUCUGCCGCUUCUAAUUACACAUGGCUGGCCUGGCUCAGUCCUGGAGUUCAGACAUAUAAUCGACAAGCUCGUUGAUCCUGAAGCUCAUGGCGGUUCUGCUGAAGAUGCAUUUCAUCUGGUCAUCCCCGCACUUCCAGGCUACGCCUUCUCUGGAAAGCCAAAAGAAAAUGGAUGGGAUCACCAACGCACUGCGCGUGCAUGGGCGGAGCUGAUGCACCGUUUGGGCUAUGCGGGUAGCGGAUGGGUCGCUCAAGGCGGCGAUUGGGGAGCUUUCGUUGUUGCGAGUCUGGGUCAGCAAAGACCGAAGGGAUUGAAGAGCGUUCAUUUCAAUUCUAUUUUCUUCGACCCCAAGAAAGAAGUCAAGAUUCCAAUCCAAGACAAGAAGGGUGAGGAUAGAGCCAUGUAUUUCGAUAGCCGACGCGACGCUGGCUUUCGCGGUUACUCCCUGCAGCAAUCAACAAAACCACAAACCAUCGGCUAUGGCCUUGCGGACUCCCCGGUUGCGCAAGCAGCCUGGAUUUAUGAAAAGUUCAGAGAUUGGUCUCAUCACGAUGGCGAUGUAGAGGACGUGUUUGGCAAAGAUGAGAUGCUCGACACAAUAAUGUUAUACUGGCUCUCUAAUUCUGCUGCAUCAUCAGCUCGGUACUACUGGGAGUGCGGUUCUGCCACGACUGCAUUGCCAGUUGAUAUACCGGUUGGUGUAAGUUGGUUCGGCGGUGAUAAUAGUUACGGACCAAGAGAGUGGUGUGAACGGUACUAUAAGAAUAUUGUGUACUGGAAUGAGACGGAAAGAGGAGGCCAUUUUGCGGCUUGGGAGCAACCAGAUCUCUUUGUGGAGGAAAUACGGAAUUGGAGAAGAAAGAUCGGGUGA